UCAAAUAUGACAGAAACACGAUUUUCGAGAGUGAUGAGCACUAACUUCACAGCACUUUAGUUCUGAAGGAAGCUCCUUGUGUUCUAGUUGUAGUGUUUGAAUCGCUGGUUUUAUCGUGACGUUGCAUAGGAUCUCUUAGAUUUAUACAGCUGAUUUCAAGAGCCAUGGACCACAUCCGUUGCUUAUUUCAACACAAGGGAAUAUUAGAAAUGUCAGUGUUAAAUUGUGAUAGCGCGAUCUGGUGAAUUGAAAUCGUUAUAACUCAGGGAAACGAAGAAAAGGGUCUUCAUCAUUACGGAUAACGGGAUGUAGGCGUAAGGACUGCAUUACUUUGAUAUCCAGAUAUAAUAUACAGGAAUAUAUAACAGGGGCGAUGAUGAUAACUGACAAGAUAAACUGUAAGGUUUGUUUCAAAUGUUGACAUUACUAGAUCGAAGUUAAAACACAAAGAUGUUAUAUAAUGAACAUAUAAUGCACGUGGGUAACUGGAGCGAGGAAACACGAUGAAGAUGACUGACUUCCGUGGAUGUUGCGUCAUCGGGAUGAUGGAGGCAGCAAGCACCUCCGAAACGCCGGUAAACUUAUAAUAGACCACACGCCGCGACAGCCCUUAAACAGCCAUAUUCAUACUCGCCGCCUAGAGAAUCUAGAAUCUCAAACAGAUGUUUAUGUUUGUGAUUCGGAAUAUUGCAGUUACUAUUAAGUGUUUCACCAGAUGUUGCUGAUACGAUUAAGGUACUAUUGUAAGGGAUACAUUCGUGAGUAAAUAAAUAAUGGUUAGAUUGUGACAAAGUAACAUAAUAUUCCUGGAAUCAACGUUGCGAUUCCUCCUGCGCAUGCUUAUUAUGUAUUGCGUGGCCUGGGGUUCGUACUUCACGCCAUGAUCAUCGGCGCAAAUGUACAUGGAUCAUUGCUUCCUAGAAAUUUGCUUCUAUACUUCCAUAACAUUAAGGUGACCGUGUGGUGUAAUCUGAUCAAGCAGGAUGGGUCAUGUAGUGGCUAUAGUAGAAAUGAGUAAAAUAUAUCAAAUUAAGUCUAGAAUACGUGAUACGAACAAACAUGUGGUUCAAGAUAAGGCCAGAGAUGGGUUCUUGUAAACACGGUAACUAACCUUCGGGUUCCUUAAAAGGAGUGUUUUUACAAAGAAUACCUGUUGGCAGUGAAAAGAUGUUUUCGUGUGAGGUAAAUUACUUUACACGCAGUGCUAUGAUCAUAUAAGCCGUGACUAAUGAAAACCGCAGGAUCAUGGCCUCGAAACGCCGUCCUUUGCAUUCUCCAAGUUCUAAAUUAAAUUUUAGGCCAAAUUCAGAGACGCCAGGAUGGGAAACGAAAGGAAAGAAACCAUUACCAGAACCAGCGACAGUGAAACAAGUAUUGUUAAUGAUGAUUGUUCAUGUCUGUAGGAGAACGUUAUUCGUAGAUACUAGUAUAAAAGUUGCUAUCUAUGGAGCAACUUUGUUUCUUGUGUCUAUCCUAGCAGACGUUCUGCCAUUUCCGAAGACAUAUUUUUCUAGGUCAGAUAAUGUACUUAAUCAGUAUUUUGUGAAAUUAGGUUGGGGCUGGACUUUAUUUGUUACAUCUCCAUUUCUUUUUAUGACUAGUUUCACGUACUGUUGUGGCAAACGUGACAGAAUUCUGCAGCAUUUUGCAAGGUUGGGUAUAGCAACAUUUGCUUGGUACUUUUGGACAACAUUAUUCUGGUAUAUUGAAACAGUGUAUGGUCGUUGCAAUGCUUCACCAGAGAAGUUCCAAACAAAAGAAACUUGUCUUGCUGGUGGAUACUUUUGGCAUGGUUUUGACAUAUCUGGACAUGUUUUUAUAUUAAUCUACAGCAGUCUUGUUCUGAUUGAGGAAGCUCGUGCAAUCAAUGGGUGGGAGGGUAUACGAGAUUUGAUCAGGAAUGAAGAGCAUGCAAGAAACGUUGGAGAUGUUUCAGUCACCAGUAAUCCUUUACGAGGACUAUCUUUUGAGGAAUUCUCAAACCUUAAAGAGUCCUAUGACAAAUUUACCGUAUACAUCAGGUUAUUCUUCAUUGCAAUGACAUUUUUAUCAGUGUUAUGGGAUGUUAUGUUGGUAAGCACAAUUCUUUAUUACCACAAAGUGAUAGAAAAGUUUGUUAGUGGUGCCAUUGCCAUUCUCACAUGGUUCUUUACGUAUCGUUACUGGUACACUUUACCUCGGGCAUUACCAAAUUUACCUGGAGAAGGACUGUUCAAAUAUAAGGAUGUUCGGCAACCCAAGGAGCCUGCAAAGCGAAGAAGCAUAACUACUGCUCCCCAAAGUAAUGCUAAACAUCAGCUUCCAACAUUCAUGGGGAUGCCUCUUUAUGGAUUACGAAAUCAGGAGAACAGAGAACAGAAGGAUGAAGAUACAGAUAUUGAAACAGACACACAGUUGAAUUCAUCAAAUAAAUCAUAAGAAUGUACCACCUUCAAUAACAGAAAGCUCUCAUUUAAAAGAUUCAUUACAUUUUCAAGUACAAAUUUUACAUUUUAGUGCAUGGUGUUAGUGCCUGUUUGUUUGAGUGUUUUGCAAUUUUCAUGUGAUCCUGCCUUAAAAAAAUUAUGGAUUCAAAAUACUUAUAUUGAAAAACUUCUUAUCUGUAUUUGAUAUGCCACAAUGUAACCCAAAAACCAGGAUAUCUUUUUAAAUUUGAACUAUGAUAUGUAUUUUUGGCACUUAUAUGAUGUUAAGAUGUUGUAUUUGUUUUUUGUUUUUAUUUUAUUGUGAGGGAAUAAGAUAAAAUUAUGUUUGUUUUAUCGCUCAGAUAUGUAAUUAAGAAGCUUUCUCUCUAGACUAUUAGACUUGACAGUGAAGUCAUAUGUGGAAAUUAUUUGAGAGUUGGUGAUUCAAAUGUUUAUUUAUCACAGUAAUUGCAAGAAGUACUCUCUUGUUUGUCAGAUACGAAGGUCACUCAAUAUAAUGUGAAGUGUUGAUAGUUUAUGUCCUUUCGGAAGUAUGUUUACAAGUCUUCGAAUCUCCUCUUGUUGUGCGAGAAAUAUGCUGGGAUAUUUUUCAUUUAUGUAUAAUAUUGAAGCUAGAAACAUUCAUUUUAUAUCAUAUUGUGUUAUGUGUUAUAACUAACAAAAGACGGUUCAUAAUGUAUUAAUUUGUAAACAUUACUAUGAUAGAUAAUGGAAUUGUAUUUAUUUAGGAUAGAUACUUUUAAAUACUUUGUGCUACUUUUCCGACAAAAAAUGUGUUGUUAAUUUUUUCUUCAGAACAAAAAGAGUAAAAUCUCAUUUUAACCCACUCAUGGUCACAGCUAAUAGGCUUAUUUAAAUAGUAAAGCUAUUUUGAUGUUGUAUUGACCAUAUGUUUGACAGUAUAUGGAAGAGGUUGUGGUAAAGUGAAAAGUAGAAUUCUGUUAACAGUAAAACUAAUAAUUUAUAACAAAACAAUUACAGAGAAAUUGAUAAACCUUAAAAGUUGAAAUAUUCUACAAUGAAAGUUUCCACAUAACUUAAGGUAAAUAGUGACUACUGUCAUAUUACAUUCUUUUUGUGAAUUUAGUUUCAUAGCUUGUAUGCUAACACUGGUCACUGGUCACAAUAUAUAUCUCAAGUUAUCUACCUGAUACCCUAGGUAUGUUAGUUCUAAAAUAUUUUUACUGUUUCAGUUACUUCCUAGAUAUAUAUAGAAAAAUCAUAAAGGUAUAUGCUGAAUUUGGAGGGUGUUUGAUAAAGAUUUCUACUUACCAUGUAGAAAAAUUGUGUUUUGUCCUUUUUUGUACUACUGUGUCAUGCUUCAUAUUCAGUAGGUUCCAGAUACAAAUCUUGCCUCAGAUACUGGUUAUACUGAAUUAUAUUUUUCAUAGUUUUUCUCAGUCCUUAAAGGAAAGUGCCUUCAAUUAAACCAUGACCCCUUCCAUAUCAUUUUUAAUUCAUUCAUUACUCAUCCUGUAAUUUGAUGAUGUAGUCUGAGCUGUUUACAGAAUUGUUAAGGAACCAAAAAUAAAUUGUGGAACUUUGCAGUGGUAGUGGGAUGAUGGUGACUUGGAAGCAAACCUGGCAUUACCAGACAGGGCAAUGCAAGCAGGCACACAGACACAACAAAGAUGCUGUGGAUCAAACCCCUGUCAUCCAAUUUGUUGUCAGUCACUAUACUGACUGAGUUAAAGGUUUUCUUAAUGGUAGUGUAUUAAAAGGAGGCCAGGGCAGCUAUUUUUGGGUGACAAAUCAAUUGUUAGGCAGACUUCCCUAACCAGUACAUUUAUACAAAAGCAAAUUAAUGUAGAAAUGGUAUUUUGAAAUACAUAUUUCCUAUUGAUUCUAGUGACAGUGAGACAUUAUUGCAUACUUAAUGCUGCAUACUCAAAGAUAUGAUCGUUGCUGUGUAUUCUUGAUAAAACUUAUAGUAUAAGUCACAAACAUUUGAAAUUAUUCUCUAGUAUAUUCUUAUUCAGUUGUCCCAAUAAAAACAUUUUAUUGAUUCUAGUAGUGUAUUCUUUCUAGUAUGAGAUCCUAGAGAUCUUCACAAUAAAUCACGCUAAAAUGUAAUGCAUAAUGAGUGGUGUCCACUCAUGCAUA